CGCGCCGAGCUGCACUUCACUAGUUUCUGAGCUUCAUCCGCGCCGAAUGGAGAGCGUCCUAUCGAGCAUUUAAAGCUGGCCUAAGUGCAUGAAGACACUCUGGUCCAAUAAUGGAGGCCUGGCCAACAGUGGCCUGGGUCCUGCUGCUGACCACCAUCACUGACUGGGUGAAAACUGCGCAGUCACGGGACUUCACCAUGAAGGAUAUCAUCCUGCUGCACCCCUCAACUACUCCUUACCCUGGCGGAUUCAAGUGCUUCACAUGCCAAGAUGCUGUAGAUAACUACGACUGCAACCGCUGGGCCCCGGACGUGUACUGUCCAAAGGAUACUAAAUACUGCUCCACCCUCCACAUGAUGGAUAGAAGUGGGGAAAGUGUGUCUGUGACCAAGCGCUGUGCCACCUUGGAGGAGUGUCUGUUCACUGGCUGUGCUGACGUUGCCGAUACUGGCUACCAGGUGUGCUCUUCCUGCUGUGAGGGGAACAUCUGCAACGUGUUGGUGCCCAGAAAUGACAGCAGUGCCAUUUUCUCCUCCAUUUCUCCUUUGGUUAGUUUGAGCGGGAGUCUUCAUUCUAGAGCGCUGUGCUACAUCAUCAUCGCCAUCAUUGUUGUCAUCUUCACAGCUGGACGUGUUUGAGACACGUAGAAAGAGAACAGCUGCUAUGUGUAGUGGCAGAACUGGGACCUGUGUUGGCUGCGUGUUUCAGUAACUGAAGGUUUAAAGACAUUUUUAUAUGUUAGACAACUGAUUCAACUUUGGUUUCCUUUCUUCUUUUCCACUUUUUUAAUAGUCGAUCUGCAUUUCUGUGUUUUCUGUUAUAUUUAUAAUGUUACUUUGUAUAUAGCUCAUAAUAAACAUCUCUGAGUCAAAAGCUCAGGCUUCACAAUGAUCUAAACACUGUCUCAGAUAUGUCUUCUACUCCUGGCUCUGCGUGACGAUGCUGACUAUCCCUAAUAUGGUAGAUCAUUAUAGACUUAAACAAUAAUAAGAGAAGACAUCUGGAUUUUUAAAACCUAAAGAAGUCCAGUUGCCUCCCUUUUUCAAGCUCUCAGGACUCCCUAAUAUGGUCAUCAGAGCACUGGUUGACAGCACUGAAGCUCCGCCCACUUGCUGUUCAAACCUGUUUGCAAGACACAGCCAGUCACAAAAAAGCUGAAGUACAUAAAUAUAAUUUAAUAAGCAGUGUGUCCAUGUUCAUCCCGGUCAGUGUGCAUUCUGGGAGCUGUUCCCAUAAUAAAUUGAAAUCUUCUGAAACUAUUUAUAAUAUUUCUCCAUCGUUUCUUUACACUGCGUGCAACAGAUCAGAGAAAACCAACACUGUACUUGCUGCUGUAAAAAGAAUAUGAGCCGCUAACAUGUUAAGGUGUUUGAAACGGAGAGAUUUUCCUGGUAAUUAGCACCAACAGCUGUAGAACAUCUGUCGCAGUACUUCAUAAAUACUCAAACUGUAAAAUAUGAACAUUGUCUACAGAUGAAUCACAUGGUGAAAUUGUUUCUUCUCUGAGUGUCUCCCUGCAUGCAGAGCAGGGUAACGCUUCUGUCAGUCAGACACAGCACUGACGUCCGCAUUAGAGUGUCAGUUAGAUCCUUAGCAACACAGAGGUCUGCACAGAUGCUUUGUGUUACAACAUUACACAACUUUCCAUUGAUACAAACCAGCUCCAUAACAGGAAACGUUAGCGGCUUCUCCAAACCAUAAACAGAACCCUUCUGUUUGAAUUUGAUUCUAUUCUAUUUUUAAAAAAAAAGAAAAAGAAGUUUAUUCCUCAUCAU